AAACUCAGGUGGUUCUGUGAUGAUUCUCCAUUGUUUGUUUUGUUUUCUUUUCUCCAACUUAUUGAUUAGUGUUUGCAUCUGCGCCCGCUGCUUUCGGCGACCAUUUGUGAAAGAAAAGUUGUGUUGUGUUGCAUUUACUAACGCAGGGUUGAUUCUUCGCAUGGAGUAGUUACAACAGAGCGUGCAAAAUGCUUACUCCACGCUUUAAGUUGUCUCAGGAUGAGAACCACGUGUUUAUCACGGUCCACGCUCCGUACACCAACGUGCGGGAUACAGAGGUGGAGGUGGACGGGGAGAGCCUGCUGUUCGUGUCCAGCCCCUACUUCCUGCGGCUGCAGCUGCCCGGCAAGAUCGUCGAGAAUGAGAAAUCCAAAGGUUCGUACAAAGCUGAUUCCGGCGAUUUCGAACUUACCUUCGACAAAGAGACGCCCGGCGAACACUUUGAGAACUUAGACAUGAUCACCAGCCUGCUGGCGCCCCGCGAUAUACCUAAUAUUAACCCCGAUUUAGUGGAAAUGCUUGAAGAAGGCGGCAUCACUAUAGAUGACACUCCAGAUAAUGCUGCCGUUAAUAAAUACGCAUAUGGAUUCGGGAAUAAAAUUACCAAUCAGUUUUCCCGCAUUGGUAAGGAGUUCCCGCAGAUAUUUGAACUGAAAGAACCUGAAACUGUCUCGAUUGAUGAGCGUAAUUUCUUCCGCACUGAUCACGAAGAAGACAAAUUUUCAUCAGAUCACUAUUUAGCAGAUUUCUUUGAUGAGGAGCUUCUUGCACCGUAUCUCGCUUAUACACAAGUGUGGAAUAAACCUGACUUCAACAAGGAUGCAGAUUUUACUGAUGAUGAGGUGACUUUACUGAAAGAAAUUCCGAAUAAGCAUUUCUUAUUUACUCAAAGUGAGUAUAAGGGAGUUCUCCUAGGCUUGGUAGAUAUACUAUAUGGGUACUGCUAUGACAAGCGGACUACACUGAAUGACAGCACGGUGGAGUCAAACUGGACCAUCAAUAAGCUGUCGGCUACUCUGAGCUGGUUCUGCACAUUCAAAGACAUGAAGGAAGUAAUGGUGGCAUGCUACAGAAGGGCACUCAUCUACCCAAUAUUCCGCAACUUUGAACUAUGCCAAGUAGUCAAGAACGACAUAAAGACACUGCUACAGAAAGGCAAGAAAUACAUAAUAAAGUGUAUGAUUGAUAUCCAUCAUUUGUUCAACAAAAGCAAUGAUGCCCGCUACAUUCUGAACCAAUUAUACAUACAAGACUACCUUGUCUUUCUACAGAAGUGCAGGAGUGAGGAGCUUGAUGAAUUAUCCAAAAAUAUAGCAAAUAUUGAAGUCAGUAAGAAUGAUGUUGACUUAGAACUAGAGGAGCUGGAAGAGGCAGCUGAUUGCGUUCAACAAGAAAACGAAAUAUCUGUUGUAGAGAAUGAAAUGGCUCUCAAAAUGGCAUCCAUGUCCCUUUUGCCCGACUUAAAAAAAGGGAACCUGUUUGUUUCCGACAGUGAUGACAGUGACUCAUCCAGUGAUGACGACACUGAUUCAACUUCUGAGUCGAGCGAGUUGGAUUCAGAUGAUGAUCCCUCCUGAUAUUUCUUUGUCAACUACCAUGUGCUUUACUCCACAAGGAGUAACACCAAGAUGGAGUGAACAUGGAAUAGUGAUAUAGAGACCAGUUAUUGUGAUUGUGGAAAGAAACUCUAAAAGAGACAAGUGAUUUGAAGUGAUUUUAUCAAUGGCAAGUUGACUUAUAUUUUACUUAAUACUUAUAUGAUAUUGUAUAGCAAAGUUAUUUACCCAUAUUGGUAUUCAAAAAGUAUAUUCUAUUUUAAAACAUAUUAUAUUAAUGUAUGUUUACAUAGAUACUAGAUAAGAAAUACAAAGAGUAGACUUAAUUCAUAUUUUAUUCAAAUUAAAUUUCAUAUAACACUUUUUAGAUGUUAUUAACUGUUCACAAAUUCUUUAUACAUUACUUAAAUAUAAAAUAAAUGUAUCAAUAUAUCA